ACAGAAGAGUCUGAGGCAGUUCAAGAAGCCGGCGAUCCUUCCGUUCUCUCCAGAGAGAAGAAGCGAAGACUCUCGUGUCUGAAAGGGGAAAACGCGUCCCCUGGAUGACUUUCUUCUCUCGCAUUCGUUCCACGAAGAAGAGCUCUCUCCAUCCUCCUCUCCCUCCAUCAAUCUCUUCCCACAAAGCUGAGAGAAAAACCCUAGAUCUCUUUCAGCAAAGCGAGAGUGAGAGUUCUUCCAGGCAGAGCACCAUGUCUGAUUCCGAUUCUUCCUAUGGCGAGACAAAAUCCUUCCGCCAGAUCAGCCGCGAACGGUUAUUGCAUGAAAUGCUUCGAUCAACUAAAGUGGGGGACUCUAAAACAACGUGGAAGGUACUCAUCAUGGACAAAGUGACCAUCAAAGUCAUGUCUUAUGCUUGCAAGAUGGCAGAUAUCACGGAGGAAGGAGUUUCAUUGGUGGAAGACCUAUACAAGCGGAGACAACCACUUCCCUUAAUGGAUGCUAUAUACUUCAUCCAGCCAGUAAAAGAAAAUAUUACUGUUUUCUUGCGUGACAUGUCAGGAAGAAGUCCUUUGUACAAAAAGGCAUAUGUGUUCUUCAGUUCACCUGUUUCAAGGGAUCUAGUUUCUCUCAUCAAGAGUGAUACAAGUGUCUUGCCGCGCAUAGGUGCAUUAAGAGAGAUGAAUUUAGAGUACUUUGCGAUAGAUAGUCAGGGUUUUGUCACUGACAAUGAGAUGGCAUUGGAAGAACUCUUUGGCGAAAAUGCAGAGAACUCCCGCCAGUGUGAUGCCUGUUUAAACACCAUGGCCACUCGCAUUGCUACAGUUUUUGCUUCACUAAGGGAACUUCCAUUUGUACGCUAUCGUGCCGCAAAGUCAUCUCUAGAUGCAUCCACAAUGACAACACUUCGGGAUUUAAUUCCAACUAAGCUUGCCGCAACUGUUUGGAAUGUUCUAACUAAGUAUAAAUCGACAAUUCCUCAUUUUCCCCAGACAGAAACAUGCGAGCUACUCAUUGUGGACAGAUCUAUAGAUCAGAUUGCUCCUGUAAUACAUGAAUGGACAUAUGAUGCCAUGUGCCAUGAUCUACUAAAUAUGGAUGGGAAUAAGUAUGUUUAUGAGUCUUCAAGCAAAUCAGGAACAACACUGGAGAAAAAGGAAGUCCUUCUGGAGGAUCAUGAUCCGAUCUGGCUUGAGCUCCGGCAUUUGCAUAUUGGGGAUGCUAAUGAACAAUUAGAUGCGAAGAUGAAGUACUUUGUAUUAAAGAACAAAGCUGCACAAAUUCACAAUAGUUCGAGAGAUGGUGGUGAAUUGUCAACAAGAGAUCUGCAAAAGAUGGUACAGGCAUUGCCACAGUAUAGUGAUCAAAUCGAGAAGCUUUCGCUCCAUGUGGAUAUCGCAGAGAAACUUAACAAAAUGAUCAAAGAACUGGGGCUAAGAGAAUUGGCGAAGCUGGAGCAGGAUCUUGUCUUUGGGGAUGCGGGAACAAAAGAUGUGAUCAAUUUUCUGAGGACUAACCAGGAUGUCACUCGUGAAAAUAAACUGCGUCUUUUGAUGAUUUAUGCAGCUAUCCAUCCUGAGAAAUUUGAAGCAGACAAAGGCAUAAAGUUGAUGCAGUUAGCGAGAUUGUCAUCUGAUGAUAUGAAUGCGGUGAGGAACAUGAGAUGCUUGACUGGAUCAGAAACCAAAAAGACCUCAGGAGGUUUCUCUCUCAAGUUCGAUGGCCAGAAGAAAAAGCAUGCAACUAGGAAAGAACGAACUGAUGAGGAAACAAAGUGGCAAUUUGCGCGGUUUUACCCCAUGAUAGAGGAGCUGAUUGAAAAGCUAAGCAAAGGUGAAUUACCGAAGAAUGAGUAUCCAUGUCUGAAUGACCCGAGUCCCACUAUACAUGGAAACAACCAGGGUGUAUCAGCACGUACAACUCAGGGGCCACCUGCGCACUCAAUGAGAUCAAGACGGCCUGCAACAUGGGCUAGGCCUCGUAAUUCCGAUGAUGGAUAUUCAAGUGAUUCAAUACUGAAGCAUGCAUCCAGUGAUUUUAGAAGGAUGGGACAACGCAUUUUUGUCUUUAUCAUUGGUGGAGCUACUCGUUCUGAGUUACGAGUUACUCACAAGCUCUCAAGAAAGCUCAAUAGGGAAAUUGUCCUCGGUUCCUCUAGUCUCGAUGAUCCUCCGCAAUUUAUCACGAAAGUGAAGUUGCUGUCUGCUGAAGAAGAACUUUCUCUGGAUGAUCUUAAUAUCUAAUUUCUUGCCUCACCAGAGGACUGAAGAUAGAGGACGUUCAUCUGAUAGUGCUCUGUUUAUGCAUCCUAGCCUAGAAAUCAGGGAGGUCCACUUAUUUGGUGGGCCACACGUAUGUUUAGUGUCUUGACCGCUGGGCAUCAUUUUUCUAACCAUCCAUUUUUUUGUACAUGUGUGACCCACCUGAUGACUGGACCGGCUAGAUAUUUUUGGCUAAAAGAACAAAUCAUUGUCGUGGCCCGGCUGAUGAAGAGACCAGAUGCAGCACAUUACUGCCAUGGAAACAAGUGUGGGUACUUGUAUUUUGGAGCAUGCUAGGCAGACUGCAGAAUGGAUUCCUCGCUUUAGAGAUGUGGAAGGGUCCUGAGAAACCACAAUGUUUAUUGAAGAGUCAUCCAAGUGGUAGGGCUUCUCUUUCUUGGAGUUGUAACGAUUUGAUGUAAAAGUGUCUAUAUCAUAAAUGUAAUCCCAGAAUUGGGCUGUACCAGUCAUUAAUGUACUAAAUGUUUCCACGUUUGAACCAUUGGCAUUUGAAACUUUGACA